CUGCCUUCAAGUCCCUCAGCUGUGAGAUGGAGGUAGGCCUAACACACUGUAUAAGAGAUGUAGAUAGAGCCUGAGUACCUACAAGUUGAGAAGUUCUCUUGCCAGCUACAGCGUGUGCUAUCUGUCUUGGUUUGUCCUAUGGGGUGCCCAUGAUUACCUCUCCAGAUCUCAGAUUUCUCUGAGCCCCCUAGUUUUUCUGGGCUAUUUUGGGGAGCUUCUCCUGAUCUGAAGACCUGGAAGUCUGCUCUACCAGCGACUAUUAGGCAGCCAAGAUGCGCUGGGGGAUACACCGCCAGCACAUGUGGGAUGCAGUAACACACUCAUCCCUAUAGGUAACAGGUCAGAACCAACCCAGCUACAGCAAAACUUUUCCUCCACUUUGUUUAUCAAGGGCACUCUAUGUGGCCCGUUCAAUGAGUCUAUUGGAUGUUUACUGGCUGUGCUGGCUGACUUAUUAUGGAAGAUAGCGGUUACUAUAGUCACAAAUCCGGGGAAUUUAAGCUAUUCUCUUCUGCUAGCAGCAGUAGCAGCUACCGACGCAGGCUCUUCUCACAGGAGCUCCUCAAGUUAGACUAUGAACAGUUGAAGAAGUCGGAUAAAUUUAAGCAUUUGGUGAGUGGAUUUCGUGAUGAGAAUGACUUUGAGGAGUUUAAACAAGACCUGAGAGACUUCUGGAAGCUGAAAGAAGAUACCUGUGAGGAGUUUGGAAACCAGAACUGCAGCUCCCCUGAACAUAUGUUAAUGGAGUUCUUCAAUAGUGAUGAAAACUUCAAGGAGUUUGAAAGGGUGUUUGAUGAUUUCAAACACCAUCGGUUCUAUGACUUUGACGAGUUAAAAAAGCGUCGUAGCCGUGGUGACCCGCGUCUGUCUGAAGAUGGCGGAGUUCGUCGCGGAGCAGACAGAGAUGAAACUUUCUCUGACUUUUUUGACAAUGAUGAGGACUUCCAAGAGUUUGAGGAAGAAUUUGCUAAUUUUAAGGUCAUGCAGAGACGCUCAAGAGCUCUGGAUGAUUUUAACAGGCGCUCAUGGUGUGAUUUGCGUAGUGAUAUUAAUGCCAGCUGUGAUAGGAAGGCAAAAACAGAUAAUGCCAAUGCAAAACAGAGCUUUCCAAAAGAUGAAGCACUGAAUAACCGUUGCCAUGGAGAUCGUCACCAAAGUUUCUCGACAGCUUCCGAAAAGAAUAAUGCAAGACAAGAAAGGCCUGAAGAUUUAAGACAAUUUAAGCAACAAAGCUCUAGUGAUGAUAGUCAGUAUUACACUUGUCGAGAUUUUCCAGAAUGCAACUCUGGUAAACUUUCCAGGGAAUCAAACUCUGCGUAUCCCGCUGGACCUGGAAGAAGUCAGCCAAUUCCAGAUCCACCAAGCUAUGAUUUUGUGAUGCAAAACCGAAAAUGUAAGCCAAAUGUGAAAAGUCAUUCCUGUGAUUAUGAUGAUCGAAGUGAACAAGAUUUCUCAGAGGGUAAAGAGUGGAAUCCAAAAUCCCACUCAAGAAGUCAAUCCUAUGACUUUUCACAAAAUAGCCAAAACACCACAAAUGAAGAGAUGUUCAAUUCUAAUUCUAAAAAUCGAUCCAGUGAUUUUUCAAAGGCAACUGAUCAUAGUUACAGCAGUGCGAAUCGCAAGUCUAGCACGAGGAGCCAUUCUCAGGACAUAUUUGAGAAGUCAGAGGAGCAGUUUAAUAGGCAAAACCAAAAGACUGCUUCAAACGUUUGUAACAGAUCACAGUCAUAUGAUUUUUCCAAAGUGUCAGAAGAAACUUCUGAUUCAAAGAAGUUUAGCUCUAAAAGCCAAUCAUUUGAUUUAUCAAAUGAUUUGAAUUAUACCAGCAGUGAUAAGAAAUCAAGUGCCUUUACAAGAAAUGAAUUGCAUGAUUUUUCAGAAAAUGUGUCUCAGGAAACUCAUAAGGACAGACAGGAUUUCAAGUCCCAGGUUCACUCUUCCAACACAUCAAAUGAUUCAAAAUAUGAAUUCAGUGCUCAUGAUAAGAAGUCGAACAAAACUUCUAGAAGUCAUUCUUACGACUUCUCAGAAUCUUUGUCAAAUGAAAGCACUGAUAGCAGUCGGAAGUCAAAUAGCAAUAGGAAAAGUGAAAGUUUGACUGAAAAUUCUAAAUUUAAGUACAAUGGUUGUGAUCAGAAAUCAACGGCGAGGACUACAUCUAGAAGUCAAUCACAGGACUUCUCAGAAAAGUUGUCUGAGAAAGUUUCAAAUGAUAGUCGGGCAUCAAAAUUGAACAGGAGCAGUUUUUCAACGGAUUCAUCUGAAUCAUCUAAAUACGAAUACAAGGGAGUAGAUAAAAAGGCAAACACUACGUCCAGAAGUCAAGCAUACAACUAUUCAGAGUCUGCCGAGGAGGCACAGACUGACAGAAAGUCGGGUCCCAAUGUAUAUCGCCACUCUUGCGAUGCCAGUGACUGUCAUGAAACCACUGCAUACAAGGAAAGUAAGACGGAGAAAGGCUGUGCAGUGUCAAAGGAAGCAGGAAAGUCACGGUAUUCCGACAGCUUUUGUGAUUACUCUCAUUUGGGGAAAAAAUACAGUUCCAGAGAUCAUGCCAAAGGCUCUGUGGGUGAUAAUUCGUCAAGUGUCUCAGAGGCAGAUUUUUAUGAUUGUUCUGAAGGAGAUGGAAGCAGUAAUGAGGAUAUAUACAGGGAAAUUUAUCAUGGGAGCACAGAUUUUAGUCAGCGUCACAACCAAUAUAGCUUUGGCAAGUACAGGCCAUCAAAACUGGCUACACAUUUACCAACAGUGUAUUCCAGACACUCAUCAGAUUCUGAAAUACACAUGGGUGGGACAUACCCCAAUAUAAGAUUGGACAGAAUCCCUGGGAGUGAGGGAUUAAAGCGAAGGUCUGCUGAGUAUUUUCAAAACCAAGUCGAAGAUGCAUUAGAGGAUUACUUAUAUAACCCUUAUUCCGAUGUUGGCCCAAAGGAUUAUGGACAAAGAAGGUCCAGAAGUGACUACUCUGUAUACAACCCUAAAGUGCCUCAGAAAAUUGCUUGUGCCAAAUGUCUUUCACAGAAUUGCCAUAAUCCAGUAGUAAACGAUUGUCAGUACACAUGCCACCACCGCUGUCGCCCCCUUGUGACAUUAGACUGUACAGCUGUGUCCGAAGGUAGCAAUGGCUCUACACAGGAUGUGGACGAGCAUUCAGCAGAGACGUCACUCUCAGAGAUGUACAACUGUCAAACAUUUCAGUCUGAUUACGAUGCCUCUCAGUCACCAGAAAGCUCACAAAAUUUUGCAUUCCCAGGGUUUUAUCAGAGUGACCUUAAAUCUAUUCGACCAAUAACAAUGUCUCUGGGUGCUCGCCCACCAUCAAUCUACGAAGUGUUGACCAAAGAGCACAUUGUAGAACAGAACACCAUGUCCAUAUCCUUUUACAUGCCUCGGGAUACCAUCAAACAGAUUCAUGUGACCAGUGAGAACACAACAAAGGAAGUGGUCACUGCUUUAUUGAAGAAGUACAAGAUACUGGAUAACCCAAGGAAGUUUGCUAUGUAUGCUCAAGAACUGGAGAACGGGAAGAUAGUAAAGCUAUGGCGUGUGGGUGACAAAGACUUUCCUCUCCAAGUGUGCCUCAACUGGGGAUCAGAGGACCUUAAGAAACAUCGCCUGGUUCUGCAGGAGAAUGAGACAGGUGAAAUAGAGUGGAAUGCAUUCAGCCAGCCAGAGUUGCAGAACUUCAUGCGUAUUUUGGACAAGGAAGAAGGCGAGUGUGUUGCCCAGUUACAGUAUAAGUACAAGGUUAUGAAGAGAAUUAUUCAGCAAAGGAUGAAAGAAAUUCGAAAAGAGCGCAAGGAGCAAAGUCAGCGUUCUUAGUGAGUGAACUUGCUGGAGAAUAGAGGUCAUGAGACUAACUUACUGCCUACGAUAUGGAUUUCAUGUUUUGUGGAUAGUCUUGUCCUCGGAUAAGAUGUUAUAUCAAUUACAUAUAGAUGAUCCCUGUCACAGAUUCUACAGAUUGUGCUGUACAUCCUCUUUUUCUGAUGUACUGCUGAGGAUAGAUGACCUUGAAAGCACAGCACUUGUACACCCCAUCACCAUGGAUUAUGCAAUGACGUAAUCAGUUAAUACUUGAAAAAAAAAGGGAAGAUGUUUGUAUAAUGUACCUAUUUCUUGUAUAAUACACUACUUGUCUACCAAAGUUGUUUAAACGUUCUAUAUAUUUUAGAUCUGUGUGUGUGUGCAUGUGUGAAAUGAAGGUUUCUUUGAAACUUAUUCUUUUCGCCCCCAACUACCAGAUUCUCCAAGGACACAUUCUAUGGGUUAUGGAAGACGUACUGAGUGACAUGGAGUUGCCUUUCAAAGAAGUCUUGGAGGGAGAUUUCACUUUAAUCAGAUACAGAUGUAUCAUGUUUUUUUUUUCCUUUUGAUUCAAUGCCAGGUGUGAUGAUUACAGCAGAGGCAUACAUAUACUUUGUUCUUCUGGUAAUUUAAAUUACCAAUCAAGGCUAAUAUCGUGAUUACUAAAUGAUUUUAGUUUGUGUGAGAGUAACACACAAACUCCUAUACAAUGUACUUAAUGUUAAUAUCAGAAGGAAUUUGUUUUUAGACAUAAUGGGCCUAGUGUAUCCUUUACAUUUACUCUGUUCAAUUGCCAUAUAAAGUAACUCUCACUCCAUUUUGAUCAAUACUUUGUUUGCAUUUGAGUUUUGCAACUCAUAGAUUUCAGUUUGUGCUUCAAAUGGAACCGUCUUGCAAUGGGUUACAGUGCUAACCUAUAUAUCGGAAUACCGGUCGUUCAUGUUUUAUAAAAGUGCAUGUGAUGAGAAUGAAUCCAUCUGUUUUGUUGAAAAAAAAAGGUAAAUGAGCCUUUUUUAAAAUUUUCGUAUUUCGGACUGUUAUUGAAAUAUUACAUUUAAUAA